GAUUCAGACAUUCUCUUAUUCUCUGAGAAUUCAAUCAUUGUUUCCCUCCCAAAAUUAGGGUUUUUGCUUCGUCUUUAUUCUUGAUUCUUGAUUCUUCCUGCACUCAGCUGUAUUAUGCAUUCAUCUUUUGCUCCUUUUUUCUUCUUUAACAUCAGCCCAGCCCUACACCUCCCUUUCUUUUCUCAAAGUCCCUCCUUCAGAAAUUCAAGUUGCUAGUUUGAUUCUUGGGUACCCUCAGUUUGUAUAUCAACAUACGUAUUUUCAGCCGUAAAACCUGAUUUCUGGGAAAACCCAUCUGGGUCUCUUGGAUUUGUGUAGGGUUCCUUCACAAGGUUGCUAAUUUCUCCCCAAAACCACAUCUUUCCACAUACCCGUUCUGGGGGGCUUUGCGUUUGUCUAGGGAAUUUGUCAGUUUAACAACGAAAUGAAAGGUGAAAGAAUGGCGAAAAGAUCGUCCUUUGGGAGCAUGGUGAGGAGGAGACUCUCUGAUAUCACCAACUCUCAAGCACAACCCAAAUCCUCAAAGCAAGAAGAAAAGCCAGCACGAAUUUCUCCAACCACAGAUGACUACAUUAAUCAGUUAAUUAAGGAAAAGAUGGCAAUGAUGAAACUUAUCGAGGAGAGGAAUAAGAUAAUUGAAUUGAGCGGAAUGGAGUUGAAGAAUAUGAAAGUCAGUUUACAGAAGUUACAGAUGCAGAACUGGAAUCUUGCUCAAUCAAAUAGCCAAAUGUUAGCGGAGAUAAAUUUAGGAAGAGAAAGGAUGAAAGCAUUGCAACAUGAACUUGUAUGCAGGGAUGCCCUUCUUAAAGCAAUGAAUCUGGAAAAAAAGGAAGGAGAGGAGUGCCAGAAUAAAGAAGCUGAUGCCGAUGACAAACCUUGUAAGGGCAACAGAAGGCGCAAUGUUAGAAGUCAAUCUAUGGGCCCUUCAACUACUUGCCGACGUGCUGUAGAUAAAGAAAGGACUGAAAAUAAAAGACGUUGUUUGAGAAGACAAUCUGCCAUGUUCAAAUCCAAGGGGCAAGAAAAGUCAGGGAAUUUGUUUGAGAUUGUAGAUGCUGCUACAUUUGCAGUGAAUCAGACACCAGACACUCCCAUGCACGUAAAGGAAGAAACACGAGUAUCAUCAAGAAGAUGUUCCGUUGGAAGGCCAUUACGCAGAGCCGUUGAGAAGGUACAGUCCUACAAAGAAGUACCACUCAAUGUUAAAAUGCGGAGGUGAGAGUGAGCAGAGUUCAUAACAAAGUAAACAACCUUUCACGGUGUUGUUUGGUAUUUUAAUUCUUCUGUUUUUUUUUGGGGGGGUGGGGGUGGGUGGGUUGGUAUAUGUGUUUUCAAUUUCACAUUUUCUGUGAUUGAAGUUACCAUAAAUAGAUUAAUUAAGAGAAAUGAAUUGUGUGUUGUAAU